GCGUCAUCGACCAGAACCCAGCUCGUGUUGUCACACAUUUCCGGGAUUCAAGAGAACGCACUCCUGUUGGCCAGAGUCUGGAGGCACUUGCUGCAGUUACUUUUGCUGUUUCAGACACUGCCGAAAGCGUACCAGGCUCGCCAUGGCCUCGUCUUGUGCAAGCAGGCAUUGUCCAAGAGCUUUGUGAAUGUGCCCUCCACGCACCUUACAGUUCACACCUACGUCCCGGCGAGAACGAUUCGCCAGGAACGUUCUUUUUCUUUAUACUGCCAUUAGUGUUCGGGUUCAGCAGGGCCCCAGAUGCUUACGAGCCUACUAUCUUGAAGGACGGCUUUGUCAGCAUGAAGGAGUUCUGGACAAGGCUCACAAUCCGUCUAUGGGAAGAACUUCUCCUGAAGAUCAACGUGCCCCUCAAUCAGCGUAUGGUCUUUGUGAACUUGAUACUUCGUUUCAUCGGAGAAGACUCCGAAUUCUCAAGAAUCGUAAACGCACCAGAUGAUCGGACCGUCUCGCUCAUAUCAUAUUUUCUCAUGCGCUCUCGGGACCCAUUGGACUUCAAGUUCUGUUCAAUCUGCCUAACGAAGCUUGUCGGCCUGCCUAAUGGACGAGCAGACGAAAGAGCUCCGGACAUGUUAGAGCGCCUGGUGUGCGGAGUUCCCAACCGGUCCUUCGUUUUGUUCAUGGACCGCUUUGCCACCAUGGUUGAAGUGCUUCCCAUCGAUAUGUUGCUUGAAGGCAUCGGCCUGCUCUGGAUAAUUUGCAGACGAACGCGCUGGGGCCCACGUCCUGAUAGAGAAUUCCUCGAUGCACUGGUUCAUUCGAAAACAUUGUUCUCCGCCCUGUUUUCAAGAUUUACGUAUGAUGAAGACACCGGCUCAAUACAACCUGGCGAAGAGAUAGAUUCGCUGUUCAUGGACAGCAUGCAGCUUACUCUGGUGUGUAUGGAUCGACUAGGUGACAGAGGAGCGACCUCCCGCGAAACAAAGGCAUUCAUGGAGACUUGCUGCCAUGCGGGUUUAUUCGAAGCUUUCGAGCGUGUACUCGUUCAUCAUCGCGAGAUAAUCAAAGAUGCACCUGACAUAAUCUCAGAUCUCGUGAAGGAGUUUUACUACCGCAUUGGGGAAGCCCCAUCCGUGCUACCAUCCAUUCGCCGCCGACUCCCGCGUCCUCUUCUCUUGCGAGCAUUAUUGGAAGUAGAAUUCGGUCAGGAUCUACAAUUUCGCCAAGACUAUCAGGAUAGUCAUGAGCCGGCACGGGCAACACGAGCAGGAUGGAUCUUCUUAGAUGCUCUCCAUCGUCGAUGCCAUGUGAACCGUCGGUGCAUGCGUAGAGGGUGCGCGAACCGACGUCGUGCAAGAUGUAAAGACUGUCAGAUGGCAGAAUACUGCAGUGUGGCAUGUCAGAAUCAAGAUUGGCCAGAACACCGGAUGAUCUGUGGGUUUCGGGAUGUUCCUGGAGGGAGACCUGUUGAGAGACAUUGCGCCUCUGACCUUUCACCACCGGAGAGAUUCCCCUUCCGGUUUGGACAAGCGGUAUGGUGGUAUUAGCCGGUUAGCUAAUGUCAAUGCCAGUGCUAGUCUUGACUACCUC